CUACGUGACGUCACCUCUGAUUCGAUUUGUGUCAGCGUCAGCCACAACAUGCGCUACGAGGCCAACCAUUCAGGCCCUGGUGAGGAACGGACUGGUAGCAUCUCGCGUCGAGCUUGUCAGAAAGAUUGCUCUCACAGAGGCGACGUCUGGCACGACUACCAUCCAACCCACAUGCAGCAGCAGCUCCUACAUCAUCCCCACCUUGUGCAGCUCAACCACUGCAUGCACAACGCCGGCGGGUUAUGUUGCUUUGACACCACUGCCCUCAUGCCCAGGAACGGCAUCGUGUGCUGGGUCACUCUGCACACAGUUCCCUUGCACUACCUUCCCUUGUUCGCAGGACAACUGCCCAACUUACCUUUCCACGGUUGGCACCCAGGCAGGAGCUGUUCUGACCGAUGAGGCGUUUACAGCGAUCGGGUGGAACGCCAACACUGACAGCCCUGUACUUCUCAAUGCUGGCUUCGGCUUCUCUCCGAACACCCCCAACCCUCUCAAGCUCUUCUUUCCCUCGGACGCAGGGGCAUCCUACCCCUGUGCGGAGAUCCUUGUUUACUUCACGGAGGGCUCCAACUCCGAGACGUUGAGUCCUGGCCCUCUCUACUGGCCAGGCGAUCUUUCGUACAGCAAGGGUGCUCUUCGCAACUCUGCGGAGCAGGUGACCAAGAUUGACUAUCUUCUGCGCUCGGGGUUUAGCGACGGAGUGUACGGUGUUUCAACGGCGAGUGUAGCAGUGACCACCUUCCAAGGGGUGUCGGCUCGCAGAGCAGCAGCGACCACCAAGAUCUUGACAGUAGGAUCCACAGCAGGGUUUAACGCCAACGACUACAUCAAGAUCAAGAGCGAGAUUUUGCUCAUUGACUCUGUGCUCACGUCUACGACGCUGUCGGUGUACAGAGGGCAGUUCAACACCACCACGGGGACUUACGGAGUCGGAACCAUCGUUCGGACUUUCAAUCCAGGAUCGGUUCUGCUACAAGACGUCUCCUCCACUGCGACCACCUUGACGUUGACCAAAGCAACUCAGUUCAGCCAGGGCACAUAUGUCCUGAUCAACAACGAGAUCAUGUUCAUCUCAUCAGUGCCAUCGACGGGAACCAGCUUGACCGUUCUCCGCGGACAGGGCGGAACUCUCCCUGCUUCGCACAAGACAGGCGCGGUGGUGGGCAAGACAGCGUUGACAUUGCAGCUUCCUCUCGCAUUGAGGGCCGGUGUGACAGCUCGUUGUUUGCGGGUGCCUACAUCACGCUGGGUAACGAGAUCAUGAAGGUGACUGAGAUCUCUGGAGAUCUGGUGUAUGUCACCAGAGGGGAGCUAGAGACAACACCGGCGGAGCACGCGGCUGGAACAUUGUUUUCCACUACCAAGCCCUCCGCACUUGGUACGACCAUCACUCGGCGGGGCAUGGUGCUCGUAUCUAAGGUCGCUUCUGCAAGCGAUCCGCUGAUCCAGGUGAAGGACCCCGUGCUGGGGUCAUCUUCCAGCGGAUUUCAGGCUGGAGACUAUGUCCAGAUGCUGGGAGAGGUCAUGCUCGUGCAAUCUGUUGUCUCUUCGACCAGCGGAUACCUGAUGCAGAACCUGACGGUUGUUCGUGGACAGCAGUCAACCACGGCCGAGGCAACCGCAGAUGCUGGGACGCCUGUCACGUACGUCUUCAACCCCAAGACUCUCACAAAAACCAUCGCUGCAAAUACCGCCAUCACAUCGAGUGAUUUGUCUGACAUGAAUGGGAUCGCUGCAGGCGACUACCUUUUGAUGACAUCUGGGACUCAGAACGAGGUGAUCAAGUAUCUGGGAGGCUCCAGCUUCGCUCGAGGACAGGCCAACACAACCGAGGGAGAGUUUCCCCAGACUGGAACUGUCAUCCAGAAGGUCGACAAAAUGCCAACCUUGGUCAAAUUCAUCAACGACACUGUAUCCACAGCCGUCAAUCAAACGACAGAGUUGACGGAUAUUACUUUAAAGCAAUUCGAGGGGAUCAGUGCGGGAGCGACGGUGGUCAUCGACGCACAGGUGUUCAAUGUUACGUCCAUCGACGCGGCAAAUAGCAAAUUGAAUCUUGUGUCCAUGUAUCCGCAGACCCAAUCGGUGAGUACAACCAACCGGCUGGUAAUCCCUGCCGGAACCAAGGUCUAUGUUGUUCAGGAUGCCAGACUCUUGAGCCAAGACAUGGCAGCACACGACACAGUUGUCAACUUGUACGGGGACGUGAGUUCUACUUACAGCGCUGGGGACUUUGUUCGUGUGGAUACGUAUCAGGGCACCUCCGAGAUCCUCCAGGUCACGGGUGUAUCCGGGUCAUCUCUAACAGUGGUUCGAGGAAACCCCACUCUCACUCACACCAAGAACGAGUCUGUGUUGUACAUGUACAACAAGGUUGGGGUGUUUGAUGUUUCUACCUUUGUUGCUGGUGACUACAUCAAGGUGGGACAAGAGCUGGAUCAGGUGCAGGCGGUGGGUACUCAUGAGUUGACAAUCAACCGCAUCAGUCCUUACAACACGUGGUCCUUCCAUGAGGGAUCUGACUUGUUGCUGUGAACAGCUCCUUGACGAGCGUUAUCUUGACGGACGCAUCCGGGUUCAAGCUGAACGACUACAUUCAAGUGUCGAACGAGCAGCUGCAGGUUGUCAACAUUAACGGAAACAACCUGCAGGUGUCAAGGGCUCAGCUCGGUACCACAGCGUCUGCACACAGCGCUGGGGCGACUGUCAAGUGGGUAUCGUCCCCGACAGUAUCCUCGACGAUCCAGGCAACAAGCUUUGCAAGGAGGUCUAUGCACUUGAGGUAUGUUGCCCAGUCAAGCAGCAUUACUCUCCCUGCCGGGAUCACGCGCAACGUUUGGGCGGAGCUGGACCAGGAGAUCUUUUUCGUCCCAGGCGCCGGAGAUGUGGCGGCAGCCAACCGAGGCAGACGUGGCACUACAGCCGCGGCGCACACGAAGAACGUGCCUUACAACUUCCCGAACAACUUGUUCUCGCUGCAGUUCAACGUGAAGUCAGCGUAUCCCGGUGCCACUGGCUUCUCAGCUGUCCCAGUGUACGGGAUGAGCGCGGGUGGUGUGUACACCGUGUCUGGAUUCUCAGUGCGCAACAUGGGGAGUGGGGUCACGACUGACCCGACGCUGCAGCUGACCCUCAACCGUUACGUCGAGAACGGCGAUGGCAGCAACCUGCCUGGUGUGACAGGCACUUCCUACUCCUACCAGAC